UUUGAACACAAUUUUCUUGAAAUGAUGUACUCUUCAACAAAUGAAAGAGGGCGACCGAGGCCUCUUGUGCUGAGACGCUUGCGAAUGCUUUCUGUUGAAUGAUCGCCGCUCGAAAGGCAUUAUGAACGACUGGGUGACGGAUAGAAGAUAAUAAAUAUGGUCCGACCGGCUUGUGGAGGAAUGCCCGGAUGUUUGAAGCGACGUGAAGUAUAUAAUUAUUUAUUGCAAUAUGAGUACAUUUCAAGACUGGAGCUACCCGAAUUAUGAACUGUUCGCAUGAAGAGAACUCACAGAAUAUCUCAUUUUAGAGAGGCCUGUGUCCCCCCUUUCCGAGGCAUAUCAGCCUUAUGCUUUCUGAAUUUUCAAAUCGUAAGCCCCUGGAGUAAGGAAGACAAUUGUUUCAACAUCCAAAGAGAGUCGACUUUUUAAUGAGAAGAAAACGCUUGUUCUCCACGUUUUAACUCUUGGAAAAAUUUUAAUUAUCUGGGAAAAAAGAGUUUCUUAGGUUUAUUAAUAAUUUCAUCAAAAUAAAAUAUGGAUUGGACAUUGACCAUUGAUAGUGCCAGUAGCUCAUCUACUUCAGCGUCUGAAAGUCUUUCAGCAUCAGAAGUAUUUCAUGAAGAAAAAGUUGAAGAGGAAGAAGUAGAAGAGGAAGAAGAAUCUAAAAUAACAGAUAUCGAUGCUUUAGUUGAGGGCAGUGAAACAGAAUUUGAUUCAUCAUUUACUCCAUUUACACUUCGUUGGACUUAUGGAAGAAAUGUGCAUGUACCUUUUGUGAAUUUGACCUCUGAAAAUCGUAAAAGUAUAUUUUAUUCAGCAGCCCAUAUUGGAGUUCUUUAUGAUUAUGAAGAUAAAGUGAUGAAGUUUCUGCAAGGCCAUCAAAAUUGCAUUACAUCAAUUGCUUCAGAUAGUUCUGGGAAGUGGAUUGUCACUUCAGAUGCUGGAAAAGAUAAUGUUAUUAUUGUGUGGAACUGUGAAACCUGCUUGCCAACUUGCACAAUAUUUGAUCCUCAUGGUGAAGAUGGCACUACACUUGUGGGAAUGAGCCCUGAUGCUACUUUCUUGGUUUCUGUUAGUAAUUCAAAGGAUCAGAUUAUAGCUUGUUGGAAGUGGACUCUUGGUGAAAAGAAACCUAAUGGAGAAUUUAUAUUACCAUUUCAAUAUGGGAAAAUUCAUCGCAUUGUGUUCUGUGAAGAUAAGAAUGGAGAUUUUAUGUUGACUGCAGAAUCUUGUGUGUUGUUUGGGAUAUGGGAAGAUGACAAUUUGACUGUUCAUAUACAAGAAAAACCUAAAAGUAGUAAAUUAAUAAAUUGUAAAUUAUGCUGUUCUGUGUAUCAGAAUUAUUCACAUUAUGCUUUAACAACUACAGAUACUGGUCAUUUACUUAUGUGGAGUGAUGUUCCCUUUAGUUCAGUAUUCAAUAAUGAAAUACCUUGCAAUAAUAAUAAAACUUUAUUGAAAACAUUGGUUCUUGAUAAGGAAUCCAUAGAAGUAAUCAAAGCUUACAAAGAGAUUAUUAUCACAGGAAAUGUGUCUGGAGAACUUCGUUUCUAUGAUAAAAUGAUGAAGAUCUUAUAUUGGGUACAAUCCUUUCAGCUUUGUGCAAUAACUGAAAUCAACUUUCAUCUGUGGUAUGAAGGCUCUACUGAUAAACUGGCAAAAGAUGGAUCUUGUACAAUAAGUGACAGAAUGGAUCCAUUUAAACCUUUCUAUGCUUUGGAGAAAGCCUUUGAGAGGGUUCUUGAAAAAGAAAAAGAGAAAUUAGCAGAACUCAGACUUUUGCUGAAGGCUGCAAAGAAACCAGAAAAAUCAGCGCAACAUCCUGAUGAAGCUUUGAUAGGAGAUAUUAUUCGUGAUGUUCUGAGGGAUGUGGAACAAUGGGAUGUUAAUGAAACUGAUAAAGAAGAACUUAUUCAAAAGAUAAUUAAAACUGCUGUUGAUCAUGUUGAAAGUAAACUGUCUGCUGCCUUAGAUCAUACAGAGGAACUUAUUGAAGGAUUUUUAAGUUCAAUUUUUUCAGAAGUUGAUGAAGAUAUUCCUGCAAAACACUCAAGAGAUGUUGCACACGCAGUAAUGAGUGAAAUAAUGCAAUCAUUUGAUCAUAAAAUGGAUAAUAAUGGAGUAAAUGAAAUUUUUGUGAGAGAUGUACUUGAGGAGAUGAUAGAUACAGUUAGUAUAGUUGAGGAAGCUCUGGAAAAAGAUGAUGUGGAUGAUUCAAAAGGUCUCACAGAGUUGGUGGUUGAAAAUGUGUUUCAAGCAAUUGAAGAAAAGUUUGCUAUUGAUACACAAAAAGUAGUGGAGUUAAUUGUGAGAAAUUUGAUCAAGGAUUUUGAAAAAAAGGAAUCAGGAAGUCAGAGAGAAAUUGAACAAGUUGAGCAUGAAAUUGAAAUGGGAAAACAUCCUAAAAUAUUCUGCCGCCUAAAGAAAAUAAUAGAGCAACGUAUUGAAAAAAAUGAUGAAUUGCGAAUUCCUUCUGAUGCAACGUUGGAAAGAAAUCCAUUUGUGAUAGGAGAUUUUAUGAUAUCCACUGUUAAUGGAGACAUAGGACUUGUGAACUUUAUUAAUAAUACAUACACAGUUAUUCUGGACAAGUGUGUAAGUCCAAUAACAGCACUGGAUUGCCAUGUGGGAAAACAACAAUUUGCAGUGGGUAAUGCAUCAGGCUCUGUCAUUUUAUAUAAUUUUAUAAAGACUAGAACUAAAGUGCUUGAAACGCAUUUGAAUUCCAGUGAAGAAGAGCGUGGAGUGACAGCUGUGAAAUUUGCCCCAUCAGGAUUCUUUUUGGCAUGUGGAUUGGCAGAUGGUUCAUUUUGGAUUCUUGAUUCAUCAGUAUUAAAUCCACUUUCAAAGACACCCCAUGUUCAUGUGGAUGCACCCAUUACUCAAAUUUGCAUCUCAGAUGAUUCUUUAUGGAUUGCACAUAAAGACACAGAAAUGAGAGUUUGUUUGUAUCGAUGUGAAGAUCCAUCUGGUGCUGAAAUUGAAUUCAUGGGCAAGCAAAAGAGUCACUUUAAACCCAUAAGAGACUUGAUGUUCAUGCGAUCAUUAGAAGAUGAAUUGCAUUUAUAUUCUUUAGGUGAAGACCGAAUGCUAGUGGAAUACGAUUUGAUUCACAGUGAAGCAGAUGAUUUGAAAAUUCUUUUAAUUGAAAGAAUAGAGCAGAGUGCUAUCCCAUAUUGUAUGACAGUGUAUCCCAAGUUUGGAGUGGAAAAUUUCAUUCUUGUUGCUAAUAGUGAAUACAAAUUUAAAAUAUUUAAUGAUGACAGUAGACUAUGUCGAAAAACUGCCUUAGGUCCAAGAUUUGAAAAACCAGUCUCCAAGAUUGUGAUCCUUCCAAAAAGACAGGAGAAGUCCCAAUGCAUGGUGUAUGCUUGUGAAAAACACAUUGGCAUCCAAAUGCUGCCUCUUGAUGGAAAUCCAUACAAAUCUGUCGGAAUGAUAGGACAUCCAGUGAAGAUUACACACAUGGAUGUUUAUCCUCGAAGUAAACUCCUGUUCACCGUGGGAGAAGGAGAUCAUGCGGUUUUAAUGUGGACAAUUAAUACAAGGGCUGUUCAUAUAAUGGCUCAUAUUGGUGGAGAAGGUCUCGAUCCUUAUUAUUGUUUAAUAGAAGGCGGACAGAAUGGUUGGUUAUACAAAGAAAUUCAAGAUUUCUUUUAUUAUGCCCAAAUUCUUCAUGAAGGAGAAAAUACAACAACUGAACGUAAUGUUUCUCAUGAAAUUCCACUUUGCGAAGUUCCUGAUCUUAUGAGAGCAAUUGGUUAUUUUCCUAGUGAACAUGAGAAGUAUAUAUCAUUUGAAGAUUUCGUUAAACUAUACCUCAAUCAUCAACCAGCAUUUGGUACACCAUUCCGUAAAUUACAAGAAGCAUUUGAAGCUUUUGCUGAUGAUGAGGAUGAAGAAGAUGGUCUCAUUAUGUACCGUGAGACAUUGAUCAGUAUGCUUCAAGAAAGAGCGGAAUGCUUGUCUCAAGAACAAGUGGUGAAAUACCUGCAAGUUUUACUUCCUUCAACACAAGAGCCGGGUGAGAGUUCAAGUUCAUCGGGUAGUUCUGAAGGCUCUCUUUGGGAAUUUUUACCUGAGGACAUAACCUACAAAGCAUUUGUGGAAGAUAUUUUAGGCAUACGUCCACCUCCCAAGCAAAAAGAUGCAGAAAAGGGUAAAUCAAAAGAAAAAUCAGAUGACAUAGUAACCCUUGUAGGUGGUGUAGUAGACACAGUGUUAUCUGCAGCUGAGGUGUCACAAGAAGAAAUAUUAGAGGAGGAUGAAGACAAAACAGAGGAAGAAGAUGAAUGCAUUGAUGACUUUGACUGAACGGAAUACAUGCAAUUACAAACAACUUUAGAAUCUUAAUUACUCUGGUAUGUUUUACCUAUCCUACGAACAAGAAUAUUGUUGACAAAGUAAUGCCUGAAAAUUAGAAAUUGUACACAAAUCUCUUAUUUGUGAAAACUAUGUAUAUCGCAGAAAUAUAGAUAUUUUAGUUCUUACAAAUGAAAAUAUGUUUAUUUUACUUGAAGCAUUUUAGUACUAAACAUCUGCAAAAGUCUGUACAAAUUUUAGAGCAAGUGUAACUUGUCCAGGUUUUUUUUUUAUUUUUAUUUUUGGUUGUGAAAACGUUUACAUACUCUAUGAACAAUUACAAUAAUAUGAAUGCAUACAAUACAGUAUUACAGAACUAUGCAAACUAUUAUUUAAUCACCUUGACAAUAUAUUCUCUUGAGAAUUGAAUUUUUUAAAAUUAGUAUAAAUCAAUGUACAAUUGUCACUUAUUUACAAAUAUUUACACAACAUUUUCUCAAUACAAACACAGGAACAAGUUCCGACAACACACAUGACUGGAGCUAGGGCUUUAAACAAAAACAAUGUUUAAAUGAAGGACUAGCUCAGGAAUAGAAAGUUUCCACCAAAACUGCAUGUAACACAAUUCUGAUAUUUAACAAACCACAACUAAACAUGCAGUAAAUAUUCACCUCUUGCAGCAGUCUUUUUCCGACAGUCAGGGCAGAACCAUUUUCCUUUAGGGGGAACCAUUAUUCCCACACAUUCAAAAUGGAACCACUCUAUACUACAGUCUUUUCCAUCACAAGCUAUCAUCUCUGAUACCUCAUCAUAUGGACAUUGACAAUAACAAUAGAGAUUCUCAUUCUUUUGCUGGGUAACAUUACCACUCACAGAAGACACUGCAUUUGUCACUGUUGUCACAGUUUCAACAUCACUAUCAGCAUCAGACUGUUCAUUGUCACUAUCACUAUUUGAUGAAUCACUGCUACUUCUUUUUGCUUCAUGGCCACUAUCACUUUCAUCACCAUCUUCAUCAUCUGAUUUUUCUGGUACAGACAAUGGUUGAACAUGAACUGGUUCAGGAGGUGGAACAUUUACACUCACUGCUCUGUAUCCAAAACCACUAGAAAGAGGUGGUUGAAUUUGAGGCGUACUACUGCUAGCAGGGAUUACUUUUCGCCACUUGUACGGUUGAUGUGGUGUGUUUUCAGCCUCUUCGUCACUACUAUCACCAUAAAAUUUUUUAGGUAUUCUUUUCCGCUUAGACAACCUUUUACUUUCUGUCUCUGAUCCACUACCUGUACUGUGAUAUGCAGUGGGAGUUGACGAAGCUUCAGGAUUAGCAGGAGAGAAAGUGUCAUGGUGUAGUCUAGAUACAUGUGACGAGGUAGGGGUUUGGGAAUUUGCUACUGGUGAUACAGGACGUCCUGGAUUUCCAACAGAAAAAGAAGGACUAUUAUAAUAAGAAACAGGAAUGUUUAACUUUAAUUUACUUUCUAUUUUCUUUUCAGAGUUAUGUUGUGCUUUUUUAUGUCGUUUUGUUUUUCCUUUCUUUUUUUGUACUGGUUCCUGAACUUCUGGUGGGGGUGGAGGACUAGGUUGAGCUAUAGUUCCAUUAUUUACAGGUGCAACAGCAGCCAAAAGAAGCAACUGAUUUCUUUUCUCAGCAAGCAAUUUAUUAGCUUGCCUCUGGGGAUAUUUGUCAUAAAAAUCUUCAUCAGUUUCAGUCUCUGUUGUAUCUAGAUCAGAUUCCCGUAUCAACAACUCAUUUUCUUCAGGUUCUGGAGCAGCCAUAACUGGGUUGUCAUCAACUUGCAAAGACCCUGCACCGGAUGAAUCCAUUUGCACAGGAGUGUGUGUAGUUUCUAAUGAUGCAUUUAGUCCACACCCUGCUUCUGUUGCUGAUGUUGACAAUCCCAUUGCAGGUGGAGGAGUCCCUCCUCUUGAUCCGGUUUCCAAUUUUCGUUUUGUUCUUUCUCUCCUUCGCUCUCUUCUUGCAGCCUGCCUUCGUCUUCCUUCAGAGCUAGAACUAUCAGAAUCAGAACUAGAAGAUGAAGAUCCAGAACUACUUGAACUUGAACUGGAACAGCUACAAUUUGUUCCGCAUGUACAACUACUUGAAUCGCUGUUGCUACUGGAAUCACUCGAGGAUGAACUUCCGCUCUGUUUCUGUUUCUUCUUUGGAGAUUUCUGUUUUUUCUUGGGACUUGAAGUCAAAGAUGCAGGAGGAGUAGGUGGAGGCGGAGUGGGAAGUGAGGGAUGUGAUACUGGGAGAGGAGGAGAUUGUAGAGGUGGAGCAGAAGGGAUGGGUGGAAGAGGGGCAGUCAGUUCUUUUUUAUCUUCCGAUUGAGGAGAAGUAUUGAAACAAUAGUUGUGAUCAGCACCAAAACCACCACCUUUAUCAUCCAAGUUUUCUGCAGUUUCUGCUCCUUCUCCAACUAUAUUAAGUAAUGGUUGAGCAGAAUUAGCAUUCAAAAGAGUAUUCUUGUCCUCAUUUGGUUUCUCUGGCAACACACAAUAAUCAUGAUCAGCCAUAACAACAUCAACAAUAGCAUGGUUUUCUAGACUAUUAUCUGCCAGAGAAGUUGAAGAACUACCAACUAAACUUCCACUAGCUUGUGCUUGCAAAAUUUCUCGCUUUUCUAAAUUUGCUUUAUAAGUUUUGAAAUUAUCCCAAACACCAUCUACUAUCUGGACAGGCUGCACUUCUUCUUCAGUUGAUGGUUCACCAUCCUGAGAUUUAAGUGUUUCGCCAGCAUUUUCAUUUGAAACCAUUUUGACAUUAUCUUCAGGUUCAGUGUCUUUUACUGGUUGCUUGCUUGUUGGGCUUGGCUCUUCAUCAGAUUCGUCACUUUCUGAUGAUAAGUUUAAAGGUGGAAGAUCAUACACAUCAACUACUUUUGAUUUCUUGUCGCUUUUUGUUUCUUCAUGGAAUUUAAUUGAAUUGAUUUCAUCUGCCUCCUUAGAAAUCUCCUCAGGAGCUUCAGAACCUCCUGAAGUGUCAGCUGUUGCUGUUGAUUUUUCUGCCACACAUUCAGAAUCCUCUUCUUUAAUAUCUUUAUCAACAUCAUUUUCUGCAGCAGCGCUAUGAGAUUUUAUUUCAUUUGGUUCCAUUUCAUGUGUUUCUGUUUCGUUCAGUUUUUCAUUAUUUUUGUAGUCUUUUUCAAAAACGACUUGUUUGUGUUUCUCUUUAUGCCUUCUCAAAAGUUUUUUGGAAAUAAAUCUUUCUUCACACUCAUCACACUGAUAAGGUACAUCAUCAGCAUGAAGUCUUUUGUGCACUUUGAGAGCUACAGCACGUGUAAAACUAGCAUUACACUCUUCACACAGAAAAGCUGUUGGUGGGAUGCAGAAAUGGUAUACAUGUGGCCACUUUUUCUGCAAACAUUUUUUACACAAAACACUUUCUGUACCAUGUUUCCAGAACAAAUGCUUAGUAAUGUCUGGCUUAUUUCUAUAGGCUAUACCACAUCGAUAACACAAAUGGUGAAGUUUAUGUUUCCAUACAUGAUUUGAGAGUUUCUGUUGGUCUCCAGUAGUUUCCAAACACACAUCACAAGCAUGAUGUCGUUUUCGAAGAUGAACCAUUAAUCGAAAUGCUGAGGGUAAACCAUCAACAACACAUAAACAGCAGCGGAAUAAUAUAUUACUAUCAGGUACAUAUAUGCCAGGGCAAAGAUGACAUAACAACUCACUGUAACUGUAGAAAUUAGAUUUACACAUAAUACAAAGAAGAAUAGUCUUUUGGUGCAUUUUACGAUUAUGGACAUAUAAUUCUUUAUGAAGAGUAGUGAUAAAAUGACAAUGAAAGCACUCGUAUGUCCGAUCAUAUGGUCUUGUAAAACUUUUAUCAGCACUGUCAUAAGUGUCUGUAUUAAAAAACAUAUCUUGAAGCUCUGAUAACUUGGAUUUUAAAUUAUCCACGAAUCCAAAAACAGGCGUAAGUUCUCCACUAUCCGAGCACACAACGGGUUCAAACCUAUGCUCUGCCAGAAGAUGCAACACAAGUUGUUUACCGUUAACAGCUAUCUUUUUGGCAUGAUUGCAGUAAACACAAGUACUACAUGAUAUUUUGACACAUUCUUUUACUAUUGACUGAAUUGAUAAAGCAUCUAGGGACUCUUCAAGAGUCAAUUCAAGUAAUGGGACAUCAUCUCCAGCAAUCUGAAUAUUAUCUUGUGGCUCUUCCCCCAAAUCAGUAGUAUUUGUGGGUUUCUCUGUCAAUUUAACAUCCGAUUCAUUAGAAAUAUCAUUUUUGGACUCGUGAAUUUCAUUAGUUUCAUUCUCUGUUGCAGCAGAAUGGUCAUCAUUUGCAACAUCUUGUUUCUCUCCCUCAUCCUCACUUCUUGCAUCAUCAACAACAAUUGACAUUUUAUCACUAUCAGAUUUGUCAAUAUCAGAUUCAUCAGACUUAACAGUCUUCUGCGGCUCCUUAUCCUCAGGUUCAUUCUCAUCAGAAGAUGCUUCUGAACUUGAAGAAGAGCCAUCACUAUCAUGACUAUCUGCUCCUGAUGCAGAUGAAUCCGAUUCCGAUUCACCACCUUUUGGGGAUUUAAACUCACUAACUGAUGAAGGUUCUACUUUAGCAUCAUUGGCAUUUGAAGAGAUGAGUGGUGGUGGUUCAGAUUUCUCAUCAACUUCCAUUUGUCUAUUUUCUUCAUUAUCCUCAGUGAAGUGAGGCGAUAAUCGGUCAACCUCCAUUUGAUUCUCAUCUUGUGAAACUAAAUCUACAGAUUCAAUUUUAUCAUCAUCUUUAUCAUUAUUGUCAGCACUAUUAUCUUUUGCCGUUUCUUCCAUAAUGUAAGCUGCGUUCCGAUUCUCUUCAGUAGGUUGUUGUUCAUCAUCGUCGUCCUCACCAUCCAUUUUUUCUGACUCUAUAUUUGUUUCAUCAUUGGUUCCAUCUUUAUUUGCAAUAUUUUCAUCAGGACCUACAACUUUCUGUUUAUCUGGUUCAUGAAUAUUUACAUGACAAUAGCUUGCUGCAUCACUAAUAUCAUAAUCAUCAUCUAAAUCUCUAGUGUUAUGACUUUUAUCAGAUCGAUCAUGAUUUUGUUCAGAUAACUUAAGUGAUUUGCGCCCAGUUGUUAAUUUAUCUGUUUGAACAGAAAAUUUGGAUGCUGAGGUCUUAUCUUGCAUGUUUAAUUGAGAAUUUUGAGAAGUAUCAGUACUUGUAUUAACAGCAGCAGUUUGUGAGUUAUUCUGAGAUGGUGAAGCCAAAGAACUGCUAUCUGUGAAAGCUCUUCGACAGGUAGGAAAAUGAGCACCUUUCAACCCACAUAAUGAACAAGCUUGAUCAGUAUUUCCUACUGAAGUAUCUUUGCACAAAUGAUCAAAGAAGUUAUCUCUUUCAGAAAACAUUUGCUCACAUGUACAACACAUAACAAAAAACGAUCCUUUAAAUUCGUUUAAGAAGUGCUCUGGUGUAUUAUAUGAAUUGUCAGCAAUUUCAUGCUUCGCUGUCAAAUGUUGGGCUAAUUUGUCGGCUUGUGAAAACAUUAACAGACAAAAUAAACAAAUGUGCCUUUUGUGUACCUCUCUCAUAUGCAAAAACAAAUUCCAAUUUUCAUAAUAUGUUCCACAUGCUGAACAUAAAUACACUUUUCGAGUUAUGCGAAAAUUUGUGGAUGGUGCUGGUUCUACAAUUGGAGAUGGAGGAGGUUUUGUGUAAGUGUGAAUCCUGAUGUUUUUUAAACACACAUUUUGAUGUUCCUGAAGCUUCAACAUAGAUGGGAAGCCAGAUUCUCCACAAUUGUAACACUUGAACUUCACUGUUGGUUGCAGACCUAAGUAUUGAGCAUAUUCCGUAAGAGGUGUGUUGCCCUGUGCACCAUCUGGUAAUGGUUGAUGAGAUACUAAAACCUGUGGUGUCUCUAAUACUAGUUUUUUUGAAGGCCUUUUGUUUUUUAUUCUUAGUUCUUCUUGAACUGAAGGUGAUACAUCCGGAGAUUCCUUUGCGGAUACUUCUGACACCUGAGCAAUAUAUCGUUUCUUAAAGCCUUUGAAUUGAAUGUUGCCCUUGACAGAUUCUGAGGGGGAAAUAUCGCUUGAUAUUUCUUGAGUGGGACUAGUCUGAUGUUUUCUUUUCAAUCCAAUUUUAUCUUUUGAAGAAACACUUGAUUCUUUGUCAUUUAGUAAAUUACUGUCCAUUAUCUCUAUCUCACCAUUUACUUUCACAACAUUGUCCGGAUCAUUCACUUUUUCAGCAUUAUUGGCCUCGUUCACACACAAAUUAUCACUCACAGCAUCAUCAUGAUCAUCAUCAUUCAUGGAAUGACACUCUUGCACACAUGCUUUUUUACAUAUAAUCUUGUUUGCAUCAUAUCUCUCUGGACUUUUUAUUUCAUAUGUCUCAAAAACUUGUUCGUUUAUCUUAGAUAUUGUUUCUCCUUCGUCUACUCUUCCAAACUUUGGUUCUUCAGUUUCUGAUGAUUUUUCUAUUGAAUUCAAUGGACUGUUGCAAGGUGGUUCUUCCUCAUUAUCAGAGUUGCACGAGGUUACUUUCUCUUCCUGCCUUCUCGUCUCAAUCCAUUGUUCUCUUGCCACCUCACUCUCCACAAGUUUAACAGCAUCUCCAUCACAAACAACUAAAUCAGCAUUAUUUUUUAAUGAUUGCUGUUUCACUUCCAUUUCACUAUUGUGCUCACUUAUAUCAUUUUCUUCACGUAUGUUUUGCAGCUCAUUUGCAAUUGGACUGUGAACAAUUUUAAGGUGCAGCUGCUCAUCAGUACAUUCAGAUUCACUCCCUAAAUCUUCUGGGUCACCAACUUCUUUUGGAAUUGGAUUUUCAUCUGCCUCUUCCCAAUCUCUUUCUCCUUUUCCAGGAGAAAUUUCAACAUGGGCAUCAACAUUUUGCAGUGUUGCAUCAUCAUCAACUUCCAUUACCAAAUCUCUCUCAUUUGAAUCAAUAUCUUCAUCACAACUGUUGUCGUUAUGUGCACUUUCCUCAGGAAAGGGAGAAACAUCUUUGGCAUUACAAUUAUCUCUGUAAUUUUCAUUUUGGGAUAGUUCUUCUGUUUCUUUAUCCUCAUCAUAGUUUUCAUGUUGAAGAUCAGUAUCACUAAGUGGGCCACUGCAACUUCUAUCCUGUUCAGUGUUGCAUUCUUCCUCAUUACCGUCUUCUGGCUGAUCUUGUUUUUGAAAGUUUUCACUCUCAGUGCCUUCAUAUGAAUUAUCAGAUAUUCUAAGUGCUUCAUCUCCAAGAUCUUCACUUGGAUAAUCUGAUAAUUUUUCAACUUCGUCACCGUCAUUUAAAUUAUCAAAUUUUUUAAGGGUAUCAUCACUAAAUUCUUCACUGGGAUGAUCAUAUGUCCUAUCAUCAUCUUUAUUAGGAUGUUCAGAUGCUUUCACAAUAUUGUCGACGUCUUCAUUUGGAUGAUGUAAUGAUUCAAAGUUUUCAUCACUGAGGUUAUUUGAACUGUCAUAUUUUUUUAAGUUUUCAUCAGUGUAUUCUGUAUUAAGAUCAGGUGAUUUUACAUUUAAAUCAUCCUUGCUUGAAUGAUCAUACUUUUCAAAACUUUUGUCACUGAAUUCAUUAACCUGCUCAGAUGUUUUCAUACAAUCAUUAUUUGGGUCAUCUGAUAUUCUGAAAUUUUCAUCUUCGUACUCCUCUAGACAGUCAGAUUUCUGAAUGUUUUGAUCAUGGUAUUCAUUUGGACUGUCAGAUUUGCAUACUUUUUCAUCAUUGAAUUCACUAGGACUGUCAGAUUUCUGCACAUUUUCACAGUCUUCAUCCGAAUGAUCAUGUGAUUUUAAAUGUCCAACAUGAUACUCUUCAUCCGGUUGAUCAUACGAUUUUAAGCAUUCUUCAUGCUCAGGAGAUUUUAAGUGUUCGUCACCAUAUUCAUUUUGAUGUUCAGUUGAUUUUAAGGGUCUGUCAGACUCGCCUUGACGAUCAGGUGACUUUACAUAUCUGUCAGACUCAUCUUGAUGAUCAGGUGAUUUUAAGUGCCCAUCAUAUUCAUCUUGAUCAGGUGAUUUUAAAACUCUAUCAUAUUCACCAUGAUGAUCAGGUGAUUUUAAGUGUUCAUUAUACUCAUCUUCAUCAGGUGAUUUUACAGAUCUAUCAUCAUACUCUUCCGAAUUAUUAGGUGAUUUUACAUUUGUGUCAUCAUACUCAUCUGAAUGAUUAGGUGAUUUUACAUGCAUGUCACCAUACUCAUCUGAAUGAUUAGGUGAUUUUACAUGUGUGACAUACUCGUCUGAAUGAUUAGGU